AUGUCAAUAGUCAAAGUCUACAGAACGCAGGCCGUCGGCAGAGUGCCUUUAAACGCCACAGUGCAGGACGGGUCGACCUCCGCUCAUGCAUCAGUGCUGAAGGAUAGUGCUUCAUACUUCCAACCACUGCUAAGCGAGAGAUGGUCUGGCGACAUAUCUUCUGAAAAGAGAUUGAAGCUCCCUUUGCCGGUCCCUGCCAAUGUAGAGAUGGUGAAGGCCUUUUUGAAUUGCCUGUACGGAGUGCCGGUUGUUUUACAGGCUCUUGAGUGGAGGGGCACGAGCUUGCAAUUGUUUGAGAACGUCUACCAGCUAGCCGACGCGUGCGGCGCCCGCAAAGUCUGCUUCCAGAUUGUGGUGUGUGUGGAACUGACCGAGAAGAACAUUGCUUGGUGGAUAGAAUGGCUGAAGUGGGAGCAUGUGCCAGACGAAGACCAGGCUCUGAAGCCCGGGGUCUCUACUUUCCUGCAAAAAUACUUCGCGACGAGGUGGGACUGCUAUGAGCCGGACAGGCUUCCCGCAUUCUGGAAGCUAGACCAGAGGGAUAGUGUGGCUGGAAAAGGCUGA